UUGGAAUCUCCAUCGCCAUUUGCUAUAGGGUUCGAGAUAUGAAAAGUUGUCAUUUGUUGUUAUGAAACGUGACAAGUGAGUGCUUUUUCUCGUUCGGAAAAGAGGAAAAUCGGAGUUUUUGUGUGUGAAAAAUGGCCCAAAUUCAGGCGUGGAAGCGUCUCUUCCACACUCCCAAGCUCCUGGCCAGUAUUUCCUGUUUCAAUGGACAACGCCGUGGAGCUGCAAAAUGGUCUCCGGAUCCGGAAUUUAUGAAACAAUUUGAAGGUCCAAUAAUGUAUCCGGAACAGGUAUUUAAGACAUGGAAAUUACCUCCGUGGAAUGCCAAAUUGGCACCUGUUGAGAAGAAUGUCAAGAAUAUUACAUUGAAUUUUGGGCCCCAACAUCCGGCAGCUCACGGUGUUUUGCGUUUGGUCCUUGAACUCGAGGGUGAAACUGUUGUUAGGGCUGAUCCUCAUAUUGGACUCCUUCAUCGUGGUACGGAGAAAUUAAUUGAAUACAAAACGUACACUCAGGCACUUCCCUAUUUUGAUCGUUUGGAUUAUGUUUCAAUGAUGUGCAAUGAACAAUGCUAUUCACUUGCUGUAGAAAAAUUACUAAAUAUCGAUGUACCAUUGCGUGCUAAGUACAUCAGGACACUUUUUGGGGAGAUCACAAGAAUCCUGAAUCACAUCAUGGCCGUUGGUACUCAUGCCCUUGACAUUGGUGCACUAACACCAUUUUUCUGGCUCUUUGAGGAACGUGAGAAGAUGAUGGAAUUCUAUGAGAGAGUAUCUGGUGCCCGUAUGCAUGCUGCCUACAUUCGUCCCGGUGGGGUAUCCUUGGAUAUGCCAUUGGGACUUAUGGAUGAUAUUUGGGAAUUUGCAUCGAAAUUUGGUGAGAGAUUGGAUGAAGUUGAAGAUGUCCUGACGACAAAUCGUAUUUGGGUCCAGAGAACUGUUGAUAUUGGCAUUGUUACUGCUGAAGAGGCACUCAAUUGGGGCUUCAGUGGAGUCAUGCUUAGAGGUUCUGGAAUAAAAUGGGAUUUGAGAAAGAGUCAACCGUACGAUGCUUACGAUCUUGUUGAAUUUGAUGUACCAAUUGGCACAAAGGGUGACUGCUAUGAUCGGUAUUUGUGCCGUGUGGAGGAAAUGCGUCAGUCCCUGAGGAUAAUUGAGCAGUGCCUGAAUCAAAUGCCACCCGGUGAAGUUCGUACGGAUGAUGCCAAAGUCGUUCCACCAUCCCGGGCUGAAAUGAAGACCAGUAUGGAAGCCCUUAUUCACCAUUUUAAACUCUUCACGCAGGGCUAUCAAGUGCCACCUGGUGCCACUUAUACAGCCGUUGAAGCACCUAAAGGUGAAUUUGGUGUCUACCUGGUGUCAGAUGGUGAUAGUCGACCGUAUAGGUGCAAAAUAAAAGCACCUGGAUUUGCUCAUUUGGCUGCUUUGGAUCAUAUUGGCCGGAAGCAUCUUCUAGCUGAUAUUGUUGCCAUCAUUGGUACCCUUGACAUUGUCUUUGGUGAAGUUGAUCGCUAAAAAAUCCCUUUUACAUUGUUAAAAAAAAAGUAGUCAAAUAAAAAACGGAAAAAUUAAUUAAUCAAA